UUGAAAAAGAGGGAAAUGGUCUGACCGUGUGGGAAAAACUGGGCCAUUCAUCAAGGGACUGGAAUAACAUCUUCUAGCGUUAAAAUGGAUUUCAAGGAGACCUAUUUAUUCGUUGUGUCUCCAGAAAAUCAAGGAUAAGUUACAAUGGAAAAGUGUGGCUAAGGAAACAUUUUCCCCUCUGGAAAUUUUUUGUUGGCAUACCAGUGGGAUUGGAAGAUACUUUUAGUGCCACUGGUUGUUUUUUUGUUGUGCUAAAUUUAAAUAAGUUAUUUUGUUGAAAUAGUGUGAUAAGUUUUGUUAAUAAAUAUGUCUGGAUCAUCAAGAACACAGAACCCUCAUGGGUUAAGACAAAUUGGAUUGGAUCAGAUCUGGGAUGACCUACGAGGUGGCAUUCAGCAUGUAUACAGACGCCAGAGUAUGGCCAAGACUCGGUACAUGGAACUGUACACGCAUGUCUAUAAUUAUUGUACCAGUGUCCACAACCCUGGUCAAGGUGGUCAACAGCAAGCCAGGGGACCUGCUGGCCGGCGCCAAAAACCUCCCACAGGGGGAGCGCAAUUUGUUGGUCUGGAGUUAUAUAAGAGACUUCGGGAUUUCCUCAAGUUAUAUCUUGUCAACUUGUUAACGAAUGGUCAAGAUCUGCUGGAUGAACAGGUUUUGUCCUUUUACACAAAACAGUGGGAGGACUAUCAAUUCUCAAGUAAAGUGCUAAAUGGUGUGUGUGCCUACCUUAAUCGUCACUGGGUUCGACGUGAGUGUGAUGAAGGCACCAAGGGCAUCUACGAAAUCUAUUCUCUUGCUCUCAUAACUUGGAAGGACAAUCUGUUCAAGCCACUUAACAAACAAGUAACUAAUGCUGUACUAAAGUUGAUAGAGAAAGAAAGAAAUGGAGAAACCAUUAAAACUGGCCUAGUGAGCGGGGUUAUCAACUGCUAUGUGGAACUUGGUCUCAAUGAGGAAGAUCCCACGGCCAAGGGGCCAACGCUGACUGUGUACAAAGAAAACUUCGAGUCCCCCUUCUUGGAUGACACAGAAAGAUUCUUUACUCGUGAGAGUACCGAAUUUCUACGUCAAAAUCCUGUUACAGAAUAUAUGAAAAAGGCGGAAGCUCGAUUGAUGGAAGAGCAGAAGCGUGUCCAGUUGUAUUUACACGAGAGCACACAAGACGUCUUAGCUCGGAAGUGUGAGAAAGUUCUUAUUGAGAAACACCUGGAGAUUUUCCAUUAUGAGUUCCAGAAUCUGCUUGAUGAUGACAAAAAUGAUGACCUUGGUCGUAUGUACCAGUUGGUUUCAAGAAUUCAGGAUGGGCUUGGAGAACUAAAAUCCCUCCUGGAAACCCACAUUUAUAAUCAAGGUGUGGCUGCCAUAGACAAGUGUGGAGAGUCAGCUCUCAAUGAUCCCAAGGUUUAUGUUCAGACUAUCCUGGAUGUCCAUAAGAAGUACCAUGCCCUCGUCAUGACGGCCUUCAGUAACGAUGCUGGAUUUGUUGCUGCUCUUGAUAAGGCUUGUGGCAGGUUCAUCAACAAUAAUUCGGUAACUAAGUUGGCCAACGCCUCCAGUAAAUCGCCAGAGCUGUUGGCACGCUACUGUGAUCUCCUGCUUAAAAAGAGUUCAAAGAACCCAGAAGAGGCAGAACUUGAGGAUACCUUAAACCAAGUUAUGGUGGUUUUCAAGUACAUUGAGGACAAAGAUGUGUUCCAGAAGUUCUACAGCAAGAUGUUAGCCAAACGGCUUGUACAACAUAUGUCAGCGAGUGAUGAUGCUGAGGCUAGCAUGAUCUCUAAACUCAAGCAAGCUUGCGGGUUUGAGUAUACAUCCAAGUUACAGCGCAUGUUCCAGGAUAUCAGUGUGAGCAAAGAACUUAAUGAUCAGUUCAAAGAACAUCUCAAAAAAUCAUCGGAGGACGAACUCGACAUUGACUUCAGUAUAGAAGUAUUGAGUUCAGGAUCCUGGCCAUUCCAGCAGUCUUCGUCAGCUUUCUCUUUACCUCAGGAGAUGGAAAGGAGCUUCCAAAGAUUUACAUGUUUCUAUAGCAACCGUCAUAGUGGGAGGAAAUUGAACUGGCUGUACCACAUGUCUAAAGGAGAACUGGUGACGCACUGCUUCAAAAACCGUUACACUCUACAGGCAUCAACAUUUCAAAUUGCCGUCCUUCUACAGUUCAACAGCACAGACACCAUGUCUGUACAACAAGUGCAAGAUAGUACACAAAUCAAAAUGGACACACUUGUACAAGUACUGCAGAUUCUGCUGAAAUCCAAACUACUGGUGACGGAAGACGAUGAGAAUGCUCUUGCAGCCUCCGCACAACUAUCUCUAUACUUCGGCUAUAAAAAUAAAAAGCUUCGUGUGAAUAUCAAUGUGCCCAUGAAGUCAGAAGUGAAGACGGAACAAGAAGCCACGCAUAAACAUAUAGAGGAAGAUAGAAAGCUCCUAAUACAGGCGGCCAUAGUUAGGAUAAUGAAGAUGAGGAAAAUGUUGAAACAUCAACAGUUACUGGCCGAAGUGCUGAACCAACUUUCUUCACGAUUCAAACCUCGUGUUCCUGUUAUAAAGAAAUGCAUAGAUAUCCUGAUAGAGAAAGAGUAUCUGGCUCGUGUGGAAGGACAGAAGGACACAUACAGUUAUCUGGCCUAGAGGGUUGUGCCUUUCUUUCUCUCGUGUAACAUUCAUUCAGGCAGGGCUGAUGUACUGAGAAUGGGCUAACAUCUAGUAGUCAUCUGUAACUCUUCUGUAACUAUCCUGGACAGUGUAGACAAGAGAUUUCCGAGGAAUUCUGAGGAUUUCCGAUGAUUAUUCAUACCUGUCUUCUGAAUCAAGGACUGAUGGAUAGAUAGAAAUUACAUACGGAUGAAAAUUUCCUCUUUGUAUGUAAUAUACAGAUGGCAUAUUAGUUUUUUGGGGAAGAACAUUUUUGGAACAAAAGUUAUUCUCCAGAAAGAUUCCUUGUUGUUUAAGACAAUAUAUAAAUUAGGAGUUACCUCCCCUUUCUCAAACCUUGCUGGUUGAUAAAAAUGCAUUAUUUUCGGCAACGUGACACAAGGUACUACAUUUUGACGAUUAUUUGGAACAAAGUUAUGAAAUAGUGGAAUGAAAGUUUAUAAAUAUGUUAGAAGGUGACAGACUGAAAGAAAAGCUUGUAUUUUUUUUUUUUGUGCUUGGAAUGUGUGUUGAUGAUCAUUCAAACAGGAUUAAUAAUUUAUGAGGUGACGAACAUCUCCAGGGUAUGUCACUGAAGAUGUGACAUUGUGUAGUUGUCACAUGGCAUGUGACAGAUUUUAAUGGUUACAAACUGUGACAUGAUAUAAUUAUUUGUUGCUAAUAUUGCAAUGUUUAUUCAAGUGUUGCAAAAGUCUCAUUUUAGCAGAACUUUAUGAUGACAUGAUUAAAAAAUUUCAUGGAACACUUUGUGUAUAUAUAUUUGUCCUGAGACUUGUGUGAAGUUUAGUGACGGCGAUUGUUCUUGUAUGUGUGAUACCAUCAAGCGAUUUCACUGGAAAUUUUUCUUACAGAAAUUGUAAACAUGUUAUUUAUUUUUUUUAUUAGUUUAAUUGAGCUAGAAUGACAGCUAUCAAAUAAAGAAUCGAGAGAAAUAUCCAUUCUCAAAAAAUACCUUAUGGAUACCUGAUUUUGAUUGUUAUUGGUCAGUGUAUGUUUUAUUAUAGAAAUGAAGUACAUGUAAUUCAAUUUGAAUUGAAGGAGGCUUUCAGAAGUAAUAGGUAAUGGAUAGAUGAAAAGAAUACUAAAAAUUAAUUAUGCUAUUAUGUCGAUGCUAAACUACAUGUAUGAAAGUGUUAGUAGGCGAGUCUGAGUGUUGAUGUGAAAGUACAAGAAAAUUGAGAUGUAAAGGUAGUAAUAUCAACUGGAUGGAAGUUCUCAAUGGAACACACUUUGUUUUUCCCAUUUUUGUUUUGAUACAUUUCUGUAAAAAGAUACGACACAUUUGUAUUAUUACAGUUGUAAAAGAUUUUAUGAAUCCGCACCAGACUUGAUUUACCAUGUUGGCUGCUGGUGUUGUAUGGUGAACACCAUGUGAGGAAUAGCGAGUGUGAAUUCUGAGUAGAGAUAUAAAUUAUUUAUUUGACACAGAGGCGUAGUGCUGGGUGAGUGCUUUCUUGUUUCACUCUGAACUUCAUUGAGGGAUUAACCGCUGUGCACAAACAUUUUAAUCCUUGAUUUUCAUCCCUUUUAAUUCCUCGUGCAUGUCUGGAAGCAGUGUGGAAUUUGAUGGCCUUAUUUUGUAUUUUGCAGCAACUGAUCACAAUAUUUGUGGUUAAUUGCCAAACUCUGUCAUUUCAGAUACCAUGAACUGUACAUUUCCCUUAACAUUUCAGGAAAAGUUGAGUUGAACAUUCAAGGAAAAAUCAGUUGUAGAUUGUUUGCAUUCACACGGUGAAAAUAUUUAAAAUCUCAUUCAAACAGAAAAUGCUUUGCUUUUUGUUUGUGUCAAAAAAUUCAGAGUUCGCUUCAGAAUUAUUCAAGUGAUAUUUUAACAUAUGAAUACAAUAAGAAAUUAACACUUCACAGAUAUCACAAUUCAUGGUAGGGAAAUUUGAUGAAAAAUCCUUAAAAAUUGAGCUGAAAUAGAAUCGUGUUGGAGCAUCUGUUUCUUGACUGAUGGUUUGUGACACUAGAAACUUGUUUGUUGAUUGUGGAAAUAGGGGUCCGAAGAACCAGGAAGCACUUUAAAACCACUUACUGAAAGGAUUCUAUUUCAUUGUUUUUUGCUUCUUCAGACGAUAUUCACACUUGUUUGUAAAAAAAAAAAUUAGGGUGGUAAAAAGAAAAGAACAUUUUAUGAUGUAUAUUUCAAUAAAUUUACAGUGAUACAUUGUA